AUGGCGAACGUCGACGCUCCCAGCGCACGAGAGAGCCCCCAGUUUCCCAAGACGAAGGAGCUGAAGGGCACCGAGAAGCGAGACAGCAUCAUCGCCGUCGAAAAGAAGUACCAAAAGAUCUGGGUCGACAGCAACAUCUUUGAGGUCAACGCUCCCUCCAUCGACGAAUACCCCCCCGACUCCAUCACGCCGGCCGAGCUGCGGGAACGGGUCCCAAUAUGGAUGGGUACGAUGGCCUUCCCGUAUCAGAAUGGCCGGCUGCACGCUGGCCAUGUCUUCUCAGUCAGCAAAGUCGAGUUUGGCGCCGGCGUGGCCAGGAUGCAGGGAAAGCAGGCUCUUUUUCCCAUGGGCUUCCACGCGACAGGGAUGCCCAUCAAGGCCGUGGCGGACAAGUUGAAAAUGGAGAUCCAGCGGUUCGGUAAAGAUUUCUCCAUGUACCAAGACGACCAGCCCGUCAUCGAUCAAGCACCUGCCGUCGAUCAGAAGCGCGAGGACUUCGCCAAGAACUCGAGCUCCAAGUCAAAGGCAAAUGCCAAGACGCCGAAUCUAAAGUACCAGUUCCAGAUCAUGGAGUCCAUGGACAUUCCCAAAGAGGAGAUCCACCGCUUUGCCGACCCCCAAUACUGGCUGACUUACUUCCCUCCUCAGGCUAAGGAGGACCUAAUAAGCCUAGGAUGCCGUAUCGACUGGCGGCGAUCCUUCAUCACCACCGACAUCAACCCGUACUUUGACUCCUUUGUAAAAUGGCAGAUGAGAGUGCUGAAGAAGCAGAAUAAGAUCAAGUUCGGGAAGAGAUACACUAUCUACUCCAUUAAAGAUGGGCAACCCUGUAUGGACCACGACAGAUCCGAGGGGGAGGGCGUCGGCCCACAGGAGUACACUGGCCUGAAGAUGAAGGUCCUGGAAUGGAGCAAGAGACCGCGUGAGUUACCCCCAGGGGCCAAGGUCUUCGUCAUCCCCGCGACGCUGAGGCCUGAGACCAUGUACGGUCAGACGGCUGUGUUCGUCUCCCCGAAAAUCACAUACGGCAUCUUCAAGGCUUCUGAGGGCGAAUACUACCUCGUCACCCAUCGUGCUGCUCGUAAUAUGGCGCACCAGGGCAUCUUCUCCAAGGACGGCGAGAUCGAUCACCUUGUCGACGUAUCUGGGGCCGACCUAAUUGGCACCUUGCUCCAUGCCCCUCUCUCGGUACACGUUGGCGGAGUCAGGGUCCUUCCCAUGGAGUCAAUUCUCCCGGCCAAGGGCACAGGCGUUGUCGCUUGCGUUCCUUCCGACUCGCCCGCCGAUUAUAUCACCACGAUGGACCUCCGAAAGAAGGCAGACUUUUACGACAUUGAACAAAAAUGGGCAGAGCUCGAGAUCAUUAGCAUCAUUGAUACUCCCCGGAGCGACAUGCUUGCCAAGACUCUUGUGGAGGAGCUCAAGAUCAACAGCCCCAAGGACACAAUUCAGCUGGAAAAGGCAAAAGAGACGGCGUAUACUGAAGGGCAAGUGACCUUCUACAAGGGCAAGAUGAAGAUUGGUCCAUACGCAGGCGAGGCUGUCGAAACGGCCAAGCCCAAAGUCCGGCAGUAUCUCAUCGACGAGGGGCUAGCCUUUGCUUACGCCGAGCCCGACCGCAAGGUCAUCAGCCGCUCUUCCGACGAGUGCAUUGUAGCCCUCAUGGACCAGUGGUACAUUGACUACGGCGAAGAGUCGUGGAAAAAGGUGGUUCUUCACCAUCUGCACAACGGCCUCAAUACACACGGGGACGAAACCCGCAACGCAUUCGAUGGCGUCCUGAACUGGCUGAAUCAGUGGGCAUGUGCCCGUCGCUUCGGGCUGGGGUCCAAGCUACCCUGGGACCCGGAAUUUAUGGUUGAGUCACUUUCUGAUUCGACAAUAUACAUGGCCUACUACACCAUCUGCCACCUCCUGCACGCGGACAUCUAUGGUCACCUCAAGGGCAGCUUGAACGUUGAUGCGUGCCAGAUGAGUGAUGAGGUAUGGGACUUUAUCUUCUGCCGUCGUGAGCUCGGAGACGACGUCCUCCAGUCGGGCAUCCCCGAGGCCUCCCUCCUGACUAUGAGGCGAAGCUUCUCUUACGAGUACCCCCUCACCCUUAGGAGCAGCGGGAAGGACCUCAUCAACAACCACUUGACCUUCUUUCUCUAUGUUCAUCUCGCCAUCUGGGAGGACCAGCCUGAAUACUGGCCAAGGGGCAUACGAUGCAACGGCCAUCUCAUGCUCAAUGGCGAGAAGAUGAGCAAGUCGACUGGAAACUUCAUGACACUGCAGGACCUCGUUAGCAAGUACGGCGCUGAUGCCACUCGAAUCGGCCUAGCAGACGCCGGUGACGGCAUUGGCGAUUCCAACCUGGUCGAGGACUCGAUUGACUCGGCCAUUCUGCGGCUGUACACGCUUCGCGAAUGGAUUCAAGAAACGCUGAAGAGCACACUGCGCAGCGGGGAGCUGAACUACAUGGACAAGAUGUUUGCCAACGAGAUGAAUUCCCUCGCCAGGGAGGCGAUUACGCACUAUGGCGAAACUAACUACAAACUGGCUCUUAAGGUGGGCUUCUACGACUUCAACAAUGCGCUCUCGUUCUACAGGGAGCAGAGCGCCGUCUCCACGCUGCACCGUGACGUGGUCCGGCGCUUCGUGGAGCUGCAGUGCCUGCUCCUCGCCGUCAUUGCGCCGCACUGGGCAGAAGGCAUCUGGCUAGAGAUCCUCGAGAAGCCGGAGAGCAUCCAGCUGGCGCGGUUCCCCACGCUCCCCGAUGUCGACACCGCGCUCAGCGCCGCCCGCAGGUACAUCUCGCAGACGGCAUCUAGCAUCAACUCGGCCGAGGGCGUGCAGCUGAAGAAGAAGGCUAAGGGCAAGGAAGGCUCGUUCGAUCCCAAGAAGCACAAGAAGCUCACUAUCUACAUGAGCGAGAACUUUCCGGCGUGGCAGGCCGCCCAGGUUGAGCUCCUCCGGGAGCUGUGGGACCCAGUUACCAAGUCAGUCGAUGACAAGGUGCUCAUAAGCCGCAUCGACAAGGCCGACAAGAAACGCGCCGUUCCCUUCGUACAGGCCUUGAAGAAGCGUCUGCUGGCGGGCGAGACAGAGAGGACCGUGUUCGAUCGCAAGCUGCCUUUUGAAGAGAAGGGGGUCCUCGUCUCUAUGAUGGAGACACUCAAACGGUCUGCAAAUUUGACCGAGAUCCAGGUCGUCAAUGUCCAGAACGGGGGGAUACAGGGCGUCGAUAUCAUCACGGGCGAAACGGCGGGAGAAAUACUACCUGUUGCCCAGAGCGCCGUGCCUGGCAACCCGACCUUUUUCUUUACCAAUGUUAUGUAG